GCACACAUGAAUUUCGGUCCUCGCUUCGUCGCGAACAUUACUCUUUUUGUAGAGUAUAGUUUUGCUGGAAAAGAUCCUAAUCAGACUCCUGUUCUUCACUGCUCCUGUAGCACUAUAUAUCUCCGUAUGCCUGAACAGUCUGCUUCAUACAGUGAGGCACUGAGUCGAAGGCUUCGGAUGCGGAUUAACUCUGCUGAUAAGUCUGUGACACUUACACUCCACUGAAGCUCAGAGCCGGGUCAAGCUUACAUUACCAUACCGGAGCCAAAGGAGGGGUGGCAUGGGGAAGGGGCACUUCCUUCCUAGUUGGGAUGACGGACACCUCCGUAGCUCAG